AUGUCUGCACUCAACCCACGGACAACCCAAUACGAAUUUUUGGGUCCCCUUGGAGCCUUAGCGAUUUCCAUUGGCAUUCCAACUGUCACUUAUCUCCUCUACUUCGGAUGCUCGGAGGAAACAGGAGGUUGUCCACCACAACUAAGCUCUGCUGCACCCAUUUUUCAAUCAAUUUCGAGCUUAAGUUGGUGGAAGGGUCUUUGGGACACGGAAGCAGCUCUCAUAUAUCUUGCUUGGUAUGCAUUCUGUGUUAUCUCUUGGGCGAUUCUUCCCGGAGAUCGAAUUAACGGAACCACCUUGCGAAACGGAGAGAGAAAGGUUUAUAAAAUCAAUGGCCUUUCUACGUUUUUGCUCGCAUUGGGAAUAACAUCAGGAAUCAUCAUGCGAUAUGGACCUGAGUCUUUCACCUUCAUCUAUCACAAAUGGGUUGGCUUGUUGACUGCAUCCUAUGCAAUGUCUUUUGCACAAGCCACGUACUUCUAUAUCGCUUCAUUUCAAGAAGGAAAACUUCUUGCUCUAGGAGGUAACUCAGGGAACAUCAUUUACGAUUGGUUUAAAGGACGCGAGCUCAAUCCAUCCAUAGGGUCGUUUGAUAUCAAGUCUUUUAAUGAGCUUAGACCGGGCCUCAUUCUUUGGGUCCUGAUCAACAUUAGCAUGGUUUGUGAGCAGGCAACACGCCGAGGAGGGUUUGCCAAUGUGACUGAUUCGAUGUGGCUUGUACUCGCCUUCGAGGCGUGGUAUGUUGCCGAUAGUCUUUAUAACGAGCCUGCUGUCUUCACCACAAUGGAUAUCAUCAGUGAUGGGUUCGGAUUCAUGCUGGCUCUUGCAACAACCUAUGUGCCUUUCGCAUACUCUGUUCAAGCGAGAUACUUGGUCUUCCAUCCCAUCGAACUCGGCCCAUCCGCUACCAUCGCCAUUAUCUUUGUAAAUAGCCUGGGCUACUACAUCUUUAGAGUCACGAACGGGGAGAAGAAUGAUUUCAGAAAUGGAAAGAAUCCGAAAAAUCUCAAGUUCAUGACAACCAAGAAGGGUUCUAAACUUAUUACCUCAGGCUGGUGGGGUCGCUCAAGGCAUCCCAAUUACAUGGGAGACUUGAUUAUGGCUCUAGCAUGGUCACUUCCAACCGGCUUCAAUACGCCUAUCACAUACUACUAUGUCAUCUACUUUACAAUCCUCCUCAUUCACAGAGAACGUCGUGACGAUGAAGCUUGCUCACAGAAGUACGGAGAAGACUGGGUGGCAUAUAAAAAGUUGGUACCCUACCGCAUAAUACCUUAUAUUUAUUAG